UGGUAAAUGUCAACUAUAGUUCAGCAAUUUGCUGCAAAGCGUCAGGCAAAGACGCUUUAUAAGAGCUGUGUAGGAACUCAAUUUGCUGUAACAUAGUUUAUUAUUUGAAGUGAAAGUAUUAGAAAAUAUCACAAAUAGGAAUAAAUUGCAAUACUUUGUCGGUCGAAAGUUCGGUUCGAAAGUUAGCUGUCGUGUACGAUCACGGACAUAAAGUUUAUAACAAAAGCACGGAAUGAGGAGGCUUGGGCUGCAAUAGCAGUUGAAUUCUAAGAAACGGGUAUGGAUUUCUUAUUAGUAAUUAAGCAAUAAUUGUGGUUGGUUACUGGUCUUCAAUACUAUGCAAUAAGUGUAUGCGUUCAUGAAUAAAAAACCUUCAAAAAACAAUAUUUUACAUGGAUUGUUUGUUCAAGACAGGAUGCUUUCUAAAAAAAUGAAAAAAUGAAAAAUAUUUAUUGCAAAUGUUUAAAUGGAAAAACGCAUCAGCAGUUGGUGGUUUUCAAACCAACACCUUUGAAAUUAAAGUUUAUUUUUAUUGUUUUUGAAAUGCAAAAAUCCUUUGAUAUAAGUGAAGAACAUAAACAUGAGUGUUGACCAGAUAUUUAGAAUAUCUGGCAAUAUCUAGCAAUAUCUAGCAAUAUCUGGCAAUAUCUAUCAAUAUCUGUCAAUAUCUGGUAACCAUAGUAAGACAUUUGAGUGAAAUUUUUUGCGAGCUCAGCGUCAUUGCGGAAGUGGACAUGUUUUAUAAAUAUUCUUAAUUGGAAUAUAAUUGGAAUAUUAGCAAAUUCAGAAUGGAUAACACAAUAAAAAUAAAUCCAACAAGCAUAAUUCAAAUUGGAGACUUCAAAAAUCCAAAAUUCUCCGGUUGUGUUUACAAGAAAUAUUGGGGUAGAAGGGAGUAUUUGAAUUGUGAAAAUUGGACUUCUGCUUGCAGAAAAUAUAAAUGGAUUGCAAGAGAUGAAGAAAAAGGUUACUAUUGUGUAUGUUGUGAUGUAAAAAUUUGUCUAAAAAGGCUUAAACGCCACAGCAAAUCAAUUUUACAUAAGGAAUUUUCAUCAUAUCAAUUGGAGUUUAUGGAAUAUAAAGAACUAAAUAACUCAAAUAUGCACAUAAAGAGAGAAAUUGAAUCUAAUGAUGAAGCCUCUAAUAAAAUGAGAAAUGAGUUGUUCAAUUUUAAUGAGUUUCUAGAUUUCAUUUGGUAUCAGUGGUUAAAAAGUUAUUACUGGCUCGAACGAGUUGAAGGAACAAUUGGUAUGUGCAAGUUUUGCUUAAUUAAAAUAAAUUGCAAGUAUAUUCACUUGCGAGAACGCCACCAAAGAUCCCAAGCACACAAAGACGCAGUUAAACUGAAUGGAUCGGGAGAGGAGAAUGGCAUCUUUACUAUGAGUAAUUGGUUGUUAACUCUAACUAAUUUUAAAGAACAGAGUUAUUGUGUGCUCUGUGAUAUUUACAUAAAAUCAAUUUAUUUUAAACAUCACACUAGAGGAUGUAAUCAUACGAAAUUUCUAACAUUAAUACACAAGGAUCAAUCGAUAGUAAAUGAAACUGCAGAAAAAAUAAAGAAUGAGACUUUGUUCAUAAUUAAUAGUAAAAUUUAUUCGUGUAUUAGUGACGAGUUACGAAAGAAGUAUGAUUGGGUUUCUUAUGACGGUCAAAAUGCAUUGAUGGCAUUUUGCAAAGUUUGUAAUAAGAAUAUUACUCUCCCUUGGUCUGAAACUAAGUUGAAGUUACAUGAAAAAAUUGCUCAUGGAGAAUACAGAACGAACAUAUAUAAAAAUUACGUGGAAAGUUCUCAAAGAAUUGAGGAAUGCGAAGAGAAUGUGUACCAAACAAAACGUGUGCAUCGUACAAAAAAAAAUAUGAACACUAAACGUGCAAAAUACGCUGAAGACACGCAAUCAAACAAUGAUGAAGACGAAUCAGAAUCGGAUACACUCGUAUCAACUAGAAAUACAUAUGACUUAUUUUUUAGAAGUGUAAGCGAAACUGUCAAAAGGCUACCCAGAUAUUUGGCAGUGGAAGCUAAACUGACCGUCUCGAAUAUCAUCUAUGAUCUCGAGAUGCGUGCAAUGAGGCGGUUAUAGUCAUUUUUAUUUAUAUAAUAUAAGUCAACACCUUGACUAUUUAUCCACAAUUUGUGUUAAUAUAUAAAUCAGAUGUUCCGUUUUGAAAUUGAAUUCAAUAACUAUUAAAUUAAUUAAUUACUUAAUAAAGUAAGAAUGUUUAAAACUUUUCCAUAUCUUUA